AUGUUCCCUCUUCUCCUGUUAAUUGCUUCAUUAGGCACCCAGGCUCAAGAAGAAUUCAAAUGGAAUCGCUGGGAACAACGAACGGUGGACUGCAUUUCCAGCGGAGAAAAGGAUGUCUGUAUUCUCAAGGCACCUAACGCUGUUCUGCCGAAGGAUCCAAAAGAGUACAAAUGUCGCCGUGAACCGAUGCCACAACAUAAAUGGAAUCAAUUAGCACGAAAUUCUACCACCAGGCUAGCCUGUCCUAUAGGAUGUGAACCAGAUUUUGACCUUUCUGUUAUAACGAAAGUCCCUUUCGACAAUAGUAAAUGUCAAAAGUACUAUACCUAUGGAAAGUAUCGAGAAGUAACUGAGAAUGAAUGGUAUCUCUGGAUGACAGAGCCUUGUGUAGCUGCUCUCACAACUCAUUGCCGCUUUAAGGACGUCCCACUAAACGCCAAGAACACCGAGUCAAGAAAAUUGAAGCAGAAAGCUUUGCUCAGGAAAAUAUGA